UUUUUGAUAUUUUGCCCAUCCCUAUAACCAAUUACACAUCUAAAAUCGAACUGAAUCGAUGUCGUGAACUAGAAAACUUUCAUUAAUAUAUUAAAUUCAUCAGUUUACCAUAUAUUAAAUCUUAAAUAAUAACGAGUAAACCCAAGGAUCAACUGCAUGUGCUUUUAAAUUUGUCAUCCAUGGGACUGUUAAUUAAUUAAAUAACGAUAAAGUUAUGUAAACUUUCCUUAAGACUAAUAAAGGGACCAAAGCAGAUGUCAAAAAAAAAGAAGGGACCAAAGCUCUUUGUAAUAAAUAAAGGUUUAAAAGGGUUAGCUUGCUCUCUACUUUUCUUUUCCUUAUAAAGUGAAACCCUACCGACUUCUUCGCGGCUGACCAACAAAUAAAUAAAAAACAUUCGGAAUCUUCCAGACACAUCCACUAUUGGCUGCUCUCUGGUACGUGAAAACUUGUUCAUAUGUUUCCUCGUCUCUGCUUGGUUAAAUUGUUUUCUUCUCCCAAGUAUCGCCAUGGACUAGACUCUUACCUCCUUCGAGUCUAGCACACAUAAAUUAAGAGCUGUCUGCAACAUUAAUUAAACAUUAAUUACAUGUGCAACCUCUUAGGUUUUUCAAGAUCAUUAGCAAAUUGCACAGUUUAAAUGCUUUUUUCACUAUGGUUAACUUUGAAGACCUAUAUAUAAUAAGACAUGGUUUUUGAGCUUUGCAGAUUUUUUUACUGUGAAAAAAUGUGUGAAAAUAUGAGUUUAUCCGAAGAAGAAAUCAGAAUGCUUUUCAGAGUCAACAAGACACUUAACCAUAUGCUCAAAGAUCGUGGGUACAUUGUCACGGAUGCUGAACUUGAGAUGACACAAGAACAGUUUAUCGACCAAUACGGCGAGAACAUGGAAAGAAAAGAUCUUGUUAUUCUCAAGACUAAGAAGAACGAUGAAUCUGAUAAGAUCUUUGUCUUUUUUCUACAAGAAACAAAAGUUAAAAUGGUCGGCAUCAAGGCUUGCUUUGAGCGCAUGGUAGCUCAGAACGUCUUCAGAGCAAUUCUUGUUGUGAGGAAGGAUAUGAAUCGCUUCGCUCUCUCUGCUGUAACCGACGCAAACUCAAAACGAAUACUUUACUUGGAAAGUUUUAAGGAGACAGAGCUUCUAAUGAACGUGAAGGAACACGCUUUUGUUCCGGGGCAUAUAGCUCUGACAACUGAGGAGAAGAACGCUUUGUUGGAGAAGUACACUGUGCAAGAGAAUCAGCUUCCACGUAUUCAGUAUACGGACCCUAUAGCGAAAUACUAUGGGCUAAAACGUGGAGAAGUCGUGAAGAUCAUACGCAACAGUGAAACAUCUGGUCGUUAUGUCACAUACCGCUUUGUUAUAUGAUACUAAGAGCUUCUGAUAGGAUCAGAUCAUGGAGUUACCGGAUAAAGACUUAGAACGACUUCAUUAGUUUUUUAAUUUAGUGAAAUUUUCAGUUUUGGUGAGGAGAUGUAAGGAACUUUAUAUGUUUUUAUCUCAAUCAAUAUAUAUAUAUAGAUAGUAGUUGAAAGACUUGGACCUUGAUCAUGAUAUAUAGUGCAUGUCAAGAAUAGACACUGCUCAAUGGCUAUAUUAUAAGUAAUCAAACUAAAAAAAAAACUCAAGUCCUAAAAACUGAAAAGCGGA